GCGCUCCGCGCCGCUGGCGCUCUAUGGCGGGGGCCCCUGGGCGCGCUCUCUAUGGUCGCGGCCCGCCCCCCCCGCCGGCGCCGCUUCGCUGAGGCGGGACCGGGCCGGGGCCGGGACCGGGAUCCGGCGGCUCCGGCGCUCCCCACGCGCGGCCCCGCGGGGCUCUGAGCUAUGAUGGAAGAGGUGCACAAGGGCAGCAGCAGCAGCUCGGUGACGCCGUCCCAGCCCUCGGCCGUACAAGGUACAACCCUCCAGGCAGCUCAGCUCUCUCAUAUUGCUCAACAGAUGUCUCUCCGAGGUUCUGCUCCCCUGACGGUCGUUCAGCUUCCAGGAGAGCAAGUCCAGGUGCAGGGAGUGAUCCAGACAGCCCAGUCCUCCUCGGUGAUCCACUCCCCUCAGGUGCAGACCGUGCAGGUCUCUUCCUUGUCUGAGAGUGAGGAUUCCCAGGACUCCUCAGACAGCAUUGGCUCCUCGCAGAAGGCUCGGGGCAUCUUGGCUCGCCGCCCCUCGUACCGAAAAAUUUUGAAAGAUCUUUCCUCUGAAGACACACGGGAUAGAAAAGGAGAUGAGGAAAGUCCCGGGGUCUCCACUGUCACCUCCAUGUCCGUUCCCACACCCAUCUACCAGACAAGCACUGGACAGUACAUCGCCAUCGCGGCCAACGGGCUGCAGCUGGCGGGGCCGGGCGCGGACGGGGUGCAGGGGCUGCAGACCCUGACCAUGGCCAACGCCGGCGGCUCCCAGCCCACCCCCACCAUCCUGCAGUACGCCCAGACCUCGGACGGGCAGCAGAUCCUGGUGCCCAGCAACCAGGUGGUGGUGCAGACUGCCUCUGGAGACAUGCAGACGUACCAGAUCCGCACGACGCCCACCACGUCCUCGCUGCCGCAGACGGUGGUGAUGACGUCCCCCGUCACCCUGACGUCGCAGACGAGCAAGACGGACGACCCGCAGCUCAAACGGGAGAUCCGGCUCAUGAAGAACAGGGAAGCCGCCCGGGAAUGCCGCAGGAAGAAGAAGGAGUACGUGAAAUGUCUGGAAAAUCGAGUGGCAGUCCUGGAAAACCAGAACAAAACUCUAAUUGAAGAACUAAAAACUUUGAAAGAUCUUUACUGUCAUAAAAGUGUGUAAGAAAAGAAGAUUUCACAGCUCAAAGACUCUAUAGAUUUUAUUUACAACGUGUUGGUGACAAAGUACAAAAAAGGAAACAAGAAAACCUCACCAAAAUUCCUGCUGGCACAACUGGAAACCGAUAAAAGUCAAGAUUGCAGCUGCAGUGGAAGGACAGCCACGUGUGACGAGGCAGGUGAUGAGAGUUUCUUUGAGAAUUCCUACCAAUACCUCUGAUAAUGGAGGCAAAAUUUGGUUCCAGUGAAAACGUGGAUGAAAUGGAAUCCUUGCCAUAGCUGACAUUAUUAGUAACAUUUAUAACCAGUGUAUGUUUUGAUUUCUUACUCUUUUUCAAUCCUUUUUCCUUCAGUUACUUGUCUGUAAAUAUUUUUAUUUUAACCUGUAAGUUGGCAUUUACAGGUGCAGGUGAUACUUUUGCUCGAGGUAUAAAUUAUGUUUUUCCUCUUUCUCAGAUGGCAGUUGAAAAAAGUUGGGAUGAUUUUUAAUCCAUGUUUGCUGUGUUUUAUCAGAUUUGGGAAGGAGCUGCAGAAGGCAGCAGGAGGCCUGGGCCUGGAAGUGUCUGAGGCACAGGAAACUGUGCUGGUUUUCCCCAGACAAUUCAACACAUCCCUGGUUUUUAAAGCACAGUGUAGUGGGACAGGGACUGAUGACAAAAGUCCUGAAGAAUUUUCCGAAAUUCAAAACUUCUGGAAGUUUAAUUUCACAGGAGGUUUGUUCUUAGUUCUGGGCAAUGAGAAACAUCAAUCAUUGAAAAUUAAAUUGUGUUACAAUUAAACACUCAGUGGCUGGGGAUUCUCCUGGGCUUUGGAACAUGAAACCAAAUAGAAGAGAAAUGAUGCAGUAAAAAAUGGAAGAUCUAUACCAAAGGGUUACGAGGUUCUAGUUUCUGGGUUAUUGCUGGAAGUGGUGCAAAAUUACCAUUUCCAGCCUAAUUUUGUAAGGUAGGAACUAUUUUGCAAAGUGAGGGUGUCUUUGUAAGCAAAUAUUCUAUUGCAAACAGGGAGAUGGUUGGUAUAUUUUGUAGCUAAAUUGUGAUCUUUACAAAACCUGAAAUUGAGUUUCUAUACGUAUUUUGACAGUUUAUAUAUUUCAUUUUAGUAACCAAAUGAAAUAUUUUGUGAACCAGAUUUUCAAGGAUAUAUUUUUAUGGAUAGUACAAAGUCAAAUGAGAUUCCUCUUUGGUGUAGGAGAUAUUUGAAUUAAUUUUGUAUGUCUGUGGGCAACCUGCAAAAAAAAAAAAGGAUCCUAAAGAGUAUUGGGGGGAAAAAAAAAAGAAUAAAUAAUAAAGAAAUCAGGGCUUUUUACUCCCCACAGUUGAGAGUAUCUGCACAUUAGAUCUGAUUGUGUCAGAGGGUUCAGUUUGUACACUUUUAAUUUGUUUCAGGUGAAAAUUAAGUGUUUGACGUGAUCAGGACUCUUUUGGGUGGGGAAUCAACGUUCUUGGAGAUCCCCAGAGCCGUCUGGGGAGGACGUGGACCUGGGCAGGUUGUGGGCCUGGGCAGGCUGUGACCCUGGGCAGGCUGUGACCCUGGGCAGGCUGUGACCCUGGGCAGGAUGUGACCCUGGGUAGGUUCUGACCCUGGGCAGGACGUGAUCCUGGGCAGGUUGUGACCCUGGGCAGGUUGUGACCCUGGGCAGGAUGUGACCCUGGGUAGGUUCAGACCCUGGGCAGGUUCAGACCCUGGGCAGGUUGUGACCCUGGGCAGGCUGUGACCCUGGGCAGGCUGUGACCCUGGGUAGGAUGUGACCCUGGGUAGGAUGUGACCCUGGGUAGGAUGUGACCCUGGGUAGGUUCUGACCCUGGGCAGGCUGUGACCCUGGGCAGGCUGUGACCCUGGGCAGGUUCUGACCAGGUUGUGACCCUGGGCAGGAUGUGACCCUGGGCAGGAUGUGACCCUGGGCAGGAUGUGACCCUGGGUAGGUUCUGACCCUGGGCAGGAUGUGACCCUGGGUAGGUUGUGACCCUGGGCAGGCUGUGACCCUGGGCAGGUUCUGACCAGGUUGUGACCCUGGGCAGGUUGUGACCCUGGGCAGGUUGUGACCCUGGGCAGGUUCUGACCAGGUUGUGACCCCGGGCAGGUUGUGACCCCGGGCAGGUUGUGACCCCAGGCAGGUGCUGUAGGUGACCCCCCUGAGCAGGGGGUGGGACAGGAGGACCCCCAGAGUCCCACCCCCCCAGUCCCACUCCAGGAUGGCUCUGGGAACGAUCCCGCCGUGUCUGCAGCUUUUGCAUGAGGAACAACCCCCCAUUUCCAUAGUUGGGAUUGAAUCCCAAUCCUGCUUCCAGUUCUGUCAGCAGGAACUGCACUGUGGGCUGUGCUGUCCCCAGGUGUUGGAGCUCCCUGUGUGUCCUGCUCACUCGGAUCCGGGUGGAAUUCCGAGCUGUGCUCCCUCCCUGGGUGUGUGAUGCUUAUCCCAUGGUCAGUCAGGAUUUUUGAUUUUACUCCUUUGGGAAUUAAUGGACUUGUAGCAAGCAGAGCUCUCUGCCAUGAGGAGUCUGCAUUCCACGAUCUCCUGGUUAGUGGGUCAUAAAAGGCUGUUUUUUCCUGCAGUUUCUGAAUCUCUGGUUGUUCUGGACACGAGUCCUGAGGUGUUUCCUUUAGGCCAGGCUGGAGUUGACUCCUGGUUGCCACCCUGCCAGAAAAGAGCUUUUUGGCACAUCAGAAACGAGGUUGGGAAAGUCCUGACCUGAGGGAGCUGCUCCUGGAGAGGUGUCAGUGCCCCCUGUUUCUUUGGUGGAAUCUCAGGACAAACGAACAGCCCGGAGUGUGAACCUCAGAGAUCUGCACCUUUCCCCUCAGGUGUGUGUGUGGUACCUGGAACAGGCUUUGAGCUGCAGUUCUGAACUGCUUUGGGAACUCUGUGGUAGCUGAUCCUCACUGGGUAUUCUCCUUUUCCUCUUGUAAUAUGGAAUAAUAAUAAACAAAACCUAUCCAAUGUUGAGGCUGUAGAACCGUGGUGGCCAGUUCUUUCUGUGUCCAACCCCUGCCCUGCUGCCAGACACACCAGGAGUCAAGUUUUACCCUCUUUUAAAACAGUGUGUUGGAAAGAGCAGCUGAUUUUUCAUCAUGGGAAUAUUAAACAGUAACACGGGUUUCGCUCUUUAAUCACGGACCAGGAAGUUCUUAAUUUGGAUUUACUUUAAAAUCUCGAUUGUAAAGAGUAAAAUCUCACUGCUGAGGGUAAGAGGGGCAGCACCCAGUGCUGCUCUGCUGGUUGGUUCCAAACAGUCCGUGCUUUCCAUGAUUUGUAAAUAUUUGUUGAAACAAUUAAUGGUUGCAAAUUUUGACCUUGGUAAAUAAAGUCGCCAAAAUAUUCUAA